GGGAAGCGGUUGAUUCUGCAGCUGUUGGUGGCGUUCUUGGCGGCGCCGGCGGCCAUGUCGGACUGGCUCCCUGGCACCGCCACGUUCUAUGGCGGCAGCGACGGGUCCGGCACCAUGGGCGGCGCGUGCGGGUAUGGGGACCUGUACAGCCAGGGGUACGGGACGGCCACCGCGGCGCUGAGCACGGCGCUGUUCAACGACGGCGCGUCGUGCGGGCAAUGCUACCUCAUCAUCUGCGACCAGGGCGAGUCCGACAUGUGCAGGCCCGGCAAGGCCAUCACCGUGUCCGCCACCAACUUCUGCCCGCCCAACUGGGCUCUCCCCAGCGACGACGGCGGGUGGUGCAACCCUCCCCGCGCCCACUUCGACAUGGCCCAGCCGGCGUGGCUCAACAUCGGCAUCUACGAGGCCGGCAUCAUCCCCAUCGUCUACCAGCAGGUGAAGUGCUGGAGGGACGGUGGGGUUCGGUUCACCAUCACUGGCUCCAACUACUUCGAGGUGGUGUUGGUGACCAACAUGGCCGGGAGCGGGUCGAUCAAGAGCAUUUCCGUGAAGGGUACCAACACGGGGUGGAUGCAGAUGUCCAGGAACUGGGGCGCCAUCUGGCAAGGCAUGUCGAGCCUGGAAAAGCAGUCCAUCUCCUUCGGCGUCACCUCCACUGGCGGGCAGUACAUCCUCUUCCAGGACGUCAUCCCGGCCGGCUGGCAGUACGGCCAAACCUUCUCCUCCUGGCGGCAGUUUGACUACUAA